AAAUCAAUCCAAAUCAUAUAUAAACUAUAAAAUAAACACAAUAGACGUUGGUGUAGCUGUAUAAAAGUUGCCAGAAAUGAGGUGGAUUUUAAAGUAAUAAAAAAAAACUUUCAUAAUAAAAUCAAAUAAAUUAAAGUGGUUAUUAUUUAGUGAACAAACAUUAACAAUGGGGUUAGUCAAUAGCAAAAUAGAAAAACAAAUCUGUGAAAGUGAACCGCAAGAAGAAAUCCAGCCUUCGACGCCUCUCACGACUCCCACGAAAGUAAAUACCGACGAGCUAGAUCCUCGUUCUCCAAAUGCAUAUAUUUCGAGAACUCCCUUGGAGGUAACUAUUAGUGAAAUUAGGGAUAGGACUAAUCUACCACUAGUUCGGCUAUUAUCAGCAGUUUCUGAGAAGCUUGAAAAUCUUGCAGAAUCAGAUUCAAAUAUUUUUAACAACCAAACUCCCAAAGAAAAAAUAAUAUUAGGAAUUGACCCUAGAUCCCCUGCAGUAGAUUUUACAAGGACUCCUAUAAUUAUUUCUACCGAAGAAAGCGACUUUCCGAAAAAACUACACAACAAAAACUUAGACAAAGUUCGUCAAUCCAUCUACAGCACGCCUAAAUCUGGUUUGGAAAAAACAACAAGCUCUGAAUGUACAAAAAAAAGUAUCUCACCAAAACUUAUUGAUAGUAGUCCCAUAAAACUGAGGCAGGAGAAUUAUAAAAGAAAGUCACUAAUAGGAUUGCUCGAGACUAAUAUUGAUUAUACUGAAACAAAUUUGGAUGACAUUAUAAAGAAUAAAACUAUAAUCAGUGUGAUGGACCCCCGGUCACCCAGCAUAGAUUUCCAUAGAACACCUAUUCAAAUAUUAGAAAAAGUUGAGGAUGGAUUGAACGAGGUAGGAACCAAAGGAGAUUUUGAAGAAGAAAGUAAGGGAUCUAUUGUGGAUGAUAAGAAUAGCCAAAAUGAGUGCAGUGUUAGUUCAGUGAGCGACAGAAACAUUUAUGAGAAAGUGAAUGAAGAAGAAACAUGUGAAUUGCUAGAUGAUAAUUUGCACGAAAAUAAUCCAAGCAUUCCCGAAAACAUAGACACAGAGAUUGAAAGUAGAUCUGCUCCAGUUACACCUCCCGAAAUAGUUAGGCCUAUAAGUCCCAUUUUGGCAGAAAAGCAAACAAAAUCUGCCCCGGCAACCCCACCGAUGGUGAACAUUACCGCAAAUGUUAAAGAAUUAGAUAAAAAACUCACCAAUCUCAUAUAUGAAGAUGAAGAUAUAGUGGUUUGUCCUAGAAUAGUUAAAUUGAAGGAUACUGUUGUACGGUCACCUCUGAGGAACUGCAAUGGAAAUGAACCAAUGAAACCAAAGCUCAAAGUUAGUGAUAAACCAAGAAAGUUAGAUUAUGCCGUCAGUAAAAUCCCUGUUUUCAGAGAUAAGGUAAGACGGGGAGAUAUACAGUGUGAAAAUACACCUCCAAGAAAUAGGGAUGUAAAAAAGGUGAAGGCAAGAAAAAGCCACUGGGAUAAUGGCGAUAAUACCUUGUACUUAUAGUUUCUCUUCAGUAGAUCAGUCUUACCGUCAAGAUCUUUUUAGAAGCGGUAUUGUUCUGAAGGUUUCGGUUAUUUCCAUGGUAACUUAUGCAAAUUAGAGAUUUCUUGCCAAUUAUGAUCUCUAUUGAAUUGGAAAUUCUCAAAUUAUUAGUUGAGUAUUUCAUAUUACCAUUGUUUUAGGUAUAGAAAAUUUGUUUCACUACAAUAAUAUAAAUAGUUUUGUACCUGUCCUGUUUGUUUAGCUAAUAGUUUUGCAUUUGACUUCAUUCAAAUUCCUUGAAUAUCAAAGUUAAUUUUAUAAUUUGGAUUACUUUUGAGAAACCUUUCAUUAUCAACCUUUAGCUAAUUGAUAAUGUAGACUUUGUCUGAAUUGAUUGAUAUUUUAGUUUGAUAAUAUCUAAAAUAAAGGAAAUUGUUCUAUUCACAUUGAUUAAAUUUUGUAGCAUAUAAUUCA